AUGGCCGGCAUCGUCAACAAACCUCUGGGCCUGUUUCGUAGGCCCGAAUCCCCCAGACCUCUUCACACUAGAUGGGGAGACGUGGGAAUCUCAGUCCCCACAGAGGGAUCAUGGAACCAAUACGACAACCCUUAUCGACCAGCACAAGAAGAGAGACAGACGACCUACGGUCCCGGAUUCGUCCCCCACUGCCACCCAUCCGACAAGUCUGGCCCCCCCUCAAAUGAAAUCGAUGAAGACCACAAGAUCGCAUCAUCCCGCUCAUCGACCUCUCGCCGCAACUCUCUUUCUCUGGGAGCCUUGCGUCCGGGUCGUCUCUCCGUGCGCCUUGCAUCACGCCCUAAACACCUUCGGGGAGAAGCACAGCAAGAACGAGACACUCACCAAGAGCGGACUGAUUUCGCUUACAAACCCAUCCGUCAAGACUAUCCUCUCGAGUCGACUGAGAAAUCAAAGCCGGUGAAAGAAAAACAAAACGUCGCCACGCCUCCGUUCAAGUAUAUCCCCACGAAUGGAAGAUACCUUGAAGAAAUCCCCGCAGCGCCUCCGCGCAGCCAGUCUGCUAUGUCCCAUCGCAGUUCUCUCAGUAGACGAGACUCGUUUACGGAGUCGCUGGAAGAACGGCUUGGUCGACGGGGUUCGCAUCAGGAAGAUGACUGUUUUAGUCUUCGCUCCAGUGUGGGUGAUAGCUCGGAUAGUUCGAGUUCGAGGCGCAAUUUUGAAAUGAUGCCGAGGCGACGUACUUCGCCUUUUGUUCCGGCUGAUCGGAGGAGGGCUUCUUUACUGAAGCCUAUGACUCUGGCUAUGGUUCCUGACCCGGAAGAUCUUUUUGAUUGA